GCCGAUUAAGCGAGGUUUUCCAGCCGCGCGCGCGCCGCGUCUGCUCCGCUGCGGUGGGGAAGGGUGCUGUCCGGCUGGGGGCGUUGUGCUUGGCGCCGCGGCCAGGACUGAGCGGUUCCCUUCAGCGAGUGAGAGUGGUGGCUGCCUCCCUCUCGCGUUCCCGCCCGCCGGAAUCGGCCCUCCCGGGACUCCGCGGAGCAGCGGUGCACCAUGCAUCCCGCCAUGAAGCAGAAGCAAGAAGGGACCCACGGGCGCGUGAAGAGCAGCCCCACCCCGAGGAGGACCCUGAAGAUGAUCCAGCCCUCCACCGCUGGGCCCCUGGUGGGACGGGAGAACGAGCUGGUGAAGGGCUUGUCCAAAGCGAAACUCGGGGACGGCCAGCCGGCAUCGAGGAAGCCCAGCCCUGGGGCUGCUGCGAUCGCAGAGCCCAGCGCCGCCGGAGGGGUCGCCCGGGAAGCGCUUGACCUUAUGGUCACAGAAAACCCCUCCUCUGCGUACUGGAAGGAAAUGGCAGAGCGACGGAGAAAUGCUCUCCAUGCAGCACUGCAGGAGAACGAGAAACUUCACAGAGAGAUCGAGCAGAAGGACCAGGAGAUCGCCCGCCUGAGGAAGGAGAACAGGGAGCUGGCCGAAGUGGCGGAGCACGUGCAGUACAUGGCGGAGCUGCUGGAGAGACUGAACAGCAAAUGCCUGGCUGACUCCGGGUCACCAGAGAGUCUGGACUCCGACUCCGAAGGGGAGGCUGGCGAGGACUCCGGGGCCGAGGGCUGCGCCACGGAAGCCGUGUCUCCCUUCCCAGACACGGAGCCGCCCUGCGCGUGAGGGUCAGGAGCAUUCGACAUGAGAAACACGCCAGCCAAGUUCAAGUUCACCUCCACUGCCGGUCUUUGUAGCAGCGCAGAUGCCUGCGUACUGCAGGCUUGAGAUCAAACUUCCUCGUUUGAAUCCCGGGACCCUAAUGUUGUAUCAAAGUACAAAUACUAUGUAUUUUUAUUCUGUGGUGUUUUAUGUAAAUAACGUUUUCUCGAUGUCAGACACUACCUGUGUGUGUGAUAAAUAAACUUCAGUGUCCUUUUGA